UUGCGGCUUAAAAUCGGUUCACCUUACACGUUGCUGCAGUCGGUUGACGAAAUUGUUUUGCAUUUGCCUUAAAUUCUAAAAAAAAAAGCAUCAUCAUGAAGUUCCUCACCGCAAAGGAAGUGCGCGAUGCCUACCUGAAUUUCUUCAAGGAUCAGCAGCAUCUUUAUGUCCACUCAUCCAGCACGAUUCCAUUGGAUGAUCCGACUCUGCUGUUUGCCAACGCCGGCAUGAAUCAGUUUAAGCCCAUUUUCCUGGGCAUCGCCGAUCCCAACAGCGAAAUGUCCAAAUGGGUGCGUGUGGUCAACACCCAGAAGUGCAUCCGUGCUGGCGGCAAGCACAACGACUUGGAUGAUGUGGGCAAGGAUGUCUAUCACCACACGUUCUUUGAAAUGCUGGGCAAUUGGUCGUUUGGCGAUUACUUCAAGAAGGAGAUUUGCUCUUGGGCCUGGCAAUUCCUAACGGAGCAUCUGCACUUGCCUAAGGAUCGCCUAUAUGUCACAUACUUUGGUGGCGACGUAGCCAGUGGCCUGGAGCCUGAUCUCGAGUGCAAGCAAAUGUGGCUGGACUUAGGAUUGAAGCCGGAGCACGUUCUUCCCGGCAGCAUGAAGGAUAACUUCUGGGAGAUGGGUGAAACUGGACCAUGUGGUCCAUGCUCGGAACUGCACUUUGAUCGAAUCGGAGGACGCAGUGUGCCCGAGCUGGUCAACAUGGAUGACCCCGAUGUGCUUGAGAUAUGGAAUCUGGUGUUCAUUCAAUUUAAUCGCGAAUCCGACGGAAGUCUAAAGUCGUUGCCCAAGAAGCACAUCGAUUGCGGCUUGGGAUUCGAGCGCUUGGUCUCUGUCAUCCAAAACAAACGCUCCAACUAUGAUACGGACUUGUUUAUGCCACUCUUUGAUGCCAUCCAGGCGGGCACUGGAGCACCUGCCUAUCAGGGUCGCGUUGGUGCCGACGAUGUGGACGGCAUCGAUAUGGCCUAUCGUGUGCUGGCGGAUCAUGCUCGCACCAUCACCAUUGCCUUGGCCGAUGGCGGCAAUCCCGACAACACUGGACGUGGAUAUGUUCUGCGUCGCAUCCUCAGACGUGCAGUGCGCUAUGCCACGGAGAAACUGAAUGCCAAGCCUGGUUUCUUUGCCACUUUGGUAAACACCGUCGUCGACUUGCUGGGUGAUGCCUUCCCCGAGGUCAAAAAGGAUCCCCAGCACAUUAUGGACAUCAUCAAUGAGGAGGAGCUGCAGUUCCUAAAGACUCUUACACGUGGUCGCAAUUUACUGAAUCGCACCAUUGAGAAGCUUGGCGCAGAUCAGACCACUAUUCCGGGUGAUGUCGCCUGGCGACUGUAUGACACUUAUGGUUUCCCCGUGGAUCUCACACAGCUGAUGGCCGAGGAGAAGUCACUGAAGAUCGACAUGGAUGGCUAUGAUGCUGCAAAACAGAACUCGUACAUUCUGUCGCAGGGCAAAGGUGCCAGCAAGAUUGAGGAGAUCAAUCUGGAUGUGCAUGCCAUAUCGCAGCUGCAGGAUCAGGCUGUGCCACCCACAAAUGAUUCAUUCAAAUACAAGUACGAGGCUAUUUCCGAUGCACGUGACUCCGCUUACAACUUUAGUGAUUGCACCAGCAAAAUUGUCGCCCUGCGUUAUGAGAAUCAAUUUGUCCAGGAGAUUAGCAGUGGCCAGAAGGCGGGCAUUGUUUUGGACAAGACGAACUUUUAUGCCGAGAGCGGUGGCCAGAUCUAUGAUCAGGGUGCUCUUGUCAAGCUGAACGAUGAGGCCAAUGAAUUUCUGGUGGAUCGCGUCUACAAUCGUGGUGGUUACAUCCUCCACAUUGGUGUUGUCGAGGGCAAGUUGGCGGUGGGUGAUGAAGUGCAACUGCAUAUUGACUCUGAGCGUCGUUGGCUGACAAUGAAGAAUCAUUCGGCCACGCACGCCCUCAAUCAUUGUCUGCUGCAAGUGCUGGGCAAGGAUACGGAGCAGAAGGGUUCCCUUGUGGUGCCAGAGAAGCUGCGAUUCGAUUUCAACAGCAAGGCGGCGAUGACCAUCGAACAGGUGGCCAAAACGGAGCAACUAACGCGUGAUAUGGUCUACAAGAAUGUGCCCAUCUAUGCCAAGGAAUCCCAACUAGCUUUGGCCAAACGCAUUCGUGGUUUGCGUUCCGUCUUCGAUGAGGUCUAUCCGGAUCCCGUUCGUGUCAUUUCCUUUGGUGUGCCCGUCGAUCAACUGGAGACACAACCAGAAGCUGAAGCUGGCGAACAAACCUCGGUGGAAUUCUGCGGUGGAACUCAUCUCCAACGCUCCGGCCACAUCAUGGACUUUGUUAUUAGCAGCGAAGAGGCCAUUGCCAAGGGAAUUCGUCGUAUUGUGGCUCUAACUGGUCCCGAAGCACUGAAGGCCAUUAAGAAAUCCGAGGCAUUUGAGCAGGAAAUCACUAAACUCCAGGCCACCAUUGAGGCUGACAAAAUCGGCAAGGAUUCCAAGCUGUAUGUUAAACAAAUUGUCGAACUGACUGAACAAAUCUCGCAUGCAACCAUUCCGUAUGUGAAGAAGGAUGAGAUGCGUAACCUGCUCAAGUCCCUCAAGAAGACACUCGACGACAAGGAGCGUGCCCUUCGUGCUGCCGUAUCUGUGACUGUUGUGGAGCGCGCCAAGGCUUUGUGUGAGGAGAAUCCCAAGGCGAAUGUCUUGGUCCAGCAACUGGAAGCAUACAACAAUACAAAGGCACUGGAUGCUGCACUCAAACAGGUGCGCUCCCAGCUACCCGAAGCUGCAGCUAUGUUCGUCUCAGUCGAUGCCGACUCCAAGAAGAUCUUCUGCCUCUGCUCCGUGCCCAAGAGCGCUGUCGAGAAGGGCCUAAAGGCCAACGAAUGGGUGCAGCAUGUCUCUCCCGUGCUGGGCGGCAAGGGUGGCGGCAAACCGGAGUCUGCCCAGGCUUCUGGAACCAAUUUCGAGCGCGUCGAUGAGAUUGUCGAGUUGGCCAACAAAUUCGCUCAGACAAAACUCAACUAAAUGGCAUUGAAUAUACAUUAUAUAGUCGGAAAAUUACAUAAAACGAAAUUAAUCAUAAACAAACAGAUAUUUUGUAGACUGUUACAAACGGUCAAAACUGCUGCAUUUUCAAAAGAAUUUUUGCUUAUUUAUAAAAUAAA